CCGGUGCCGACGAUCUAAACCAAUUAUGCGCAAUUGGUAGAAAUAUUGAAGCCUCGUCCUGUCCGUCGCAAACUUGGAGGGGAAUACCACGACCAUAUUUAACAGAGGCCCUUGCCGACUUUGCCCAAGAUGGUGUUCAUAAUGGGAGUGAACUUCCACGAGAAGAAACUCGUCAGGAAAGCCCUCGAGAGCUUCUACGGCCUAGGGCCGCAACUAUGCGCGCGCAUCAUGGCCAAGUACACAAUCCACCCUCUGGCCCGGAUCGGCACUGUCGCUCCCAAGACAGUCACAGCCCUAACAGCCGAGCUAUCGACGAUGACGAUAGAAAACGAGGCCAGGAGGAUAGUCCAGGACAACAUCAAGCGGCUGCGAGAUAUGGGCACGAUUCGGGGAAGGAGACAUGCCAUGGGUCUGCCGGUGCGCGGACAGCGGACGAGGAACCAGAUCGAGACGGCGAAGAAGCUGAAUACCCUCGAGAGAGGAGGCACGUACUCCAAGAUUUAAAAUAGGAAGACAUACUAUCCUUGGGCAGUAUUUCGCAUGGCAUUGCGGGAAUAAGCUGAUGUUGGCCCCCAUUGAAGUCGUUAGGGAAAGGCGUUAAUGAGAGGUUUGCGACGCAUUUUCAGUCGUCUUCAGCUAGGACCUAUUCUGGUAUAUAAACCUAACCUAGGGGCAUCGUUCCCUUGUAUAUUUAAAUGUAAACAUUCAAAUAUUACAUUCCAAGAGGACUUAAAAUUUUCCUUUUUGAGAGGUGGCACAUAAACAGGCGAUUUC